AUGCUGAAUUUGGUUUUUAAGAUUUCCAUUUCACGCAUAUCUAUCUCUACAUAUCUAUCUCUACAUAUCUAUCUAUCUACAUAUCUAUCUCUCUAUCUAUCUCUAUCGACAUAUCUCUCUAUCUAUCUACAUAUCUAUCUAUCUCUCUAUCUAUCUACAUAUCUAUCUAUCUCUCUAUCUAUCUACAUAUCUAUCUAUCUCUCUAUCUAUCUACAUAUCUAUCUAUCUCUCUCCUCUCUAUCUUCUAUCUCUCUAUCUAUCUACAUAUCUAUCUAUCUCUCUAUCUAUCUACAUAUCUAUCUAUCUCUCUAUCUAUCUACAUAUCUAUCUAUCUCUCUAUCUAUCUACAUAUCUAUCUAUCUCUCUAUCUCUAUCUACAUAUCUAUCUAUCUCUCUAUCUCUAUCUACAUAUCUAUCUAUCUUUCUAUCUCUAUCUAUAUAUAUAUCUAUCUUUCUAUCUCUCUCUCUAUAUAUAUAUCUAUCUAUAUAUCUAUAUCUCUAUCUAUAUAUAUCUAUAUAUCUAUAUCUCUAUCUAUAUAUAUCUAUAUAUACAUAUGCGUAACUUAUCUAUCUCUCACUCUAGGCGUCCUCGUUUUUAUCUCUUUCUAUUUUCACCCUUUUUCUUCACUGUUUUUUUUUUUUUCAUCUUUUUCUGUCGCCUAUUUAUGCCUCUUUUCACUUUCUUUCAAUCAUUUCGCUAUUAAAUUAUCUAAAUCACAGAUUGGAAAGUAG